AUGGAUCACUCGAGCGCGACAUCAUCGCCAAGCACUCCCCUCCAUACAACGCUUUGGCUCCCACCACUGGAUUUUGAGGAUUCGGUGGAAGACAGUCGCGAUUAUCUUCUCAUACCGCCGUAUUCAGAGUUGCCCUUUGGGCCAGAUACCCUGCAUUAUUAUCUUCCUCGCAUACCCACAGACUGGCCGUCGGAUAUGUUCUCCCUGGACGGGUACACACAAAACAGGGCAGACACAGACUCCGGUGCAGAGACGUGGAACGUCACUGGAGCUCCACUUUUCCCUGCGACCUCCGAGGGAUCAAGCGAACAUGCAGACCAUAACACACUUAGCGAUGUGUUACCUGGCCAGCCGCAACCUUCUGCCGUCCAAACGGAAAGACAAAAUAACAUAAACAAAUUCGGGCAAGGAGCCAGCCAAAAUACUGGACGCUCCGGGACAAGUCCCGUUGAGCGGAAUGUAGAACAUUCCAGCCCAACUACAGCUCGAAGCACUAGAGCCUCCAAGGCGAAGCGUAAGCAUACGCAAAGACAAGGCACGAGCGGUGAAAGGGGUUUGGACACACCCGAAACGCAUGCACGGAGCGAUGGUGGGAUCCAAAAGAAAAGGCGUCCUGCCAGAAAGGCCGCAGCCGCACCCCCGCCGCCACGCAAAGGACGCAUCGAUUCCUUUGGCAGGGUGGUGAUACCGGGUGGAAGAUAUGAUAUGAAAGAAUAUGACCCUUCUACAAUUCAAUGA